AUGAAAAGAUAAUAGAACUGGUUAAUAUUAAACUUAAAUGAUAACUAAAGAUUUAAGAACUUUAACUAUGACAAGAAAUUUACCUAUGAGAAAGAUAAAACUAAUUAUUUGUUGAAUCUAGUUGUUUAUUCAGCAUAUUUUGAUCUAAAAUCUAUAUCUUUAAUAGAAAAUUCAAAACCUAAUUUCUUUUAAGGAUAAAAUUAAAUUAGAAUGACAGGUCGAACUCUAUAAAUGUAUAAAUAAGAAAGAUUUACAUGA